UAUUAUCUGCUGCGAUAAUCUACGUUAUCUGAACUCCCUUUAAAAUCAUGUUUCAUAUAAAUAUCGUGCAACUAACUGUCCAUUAUCAUUUACAUUCGUAUUGCAACAAUUAAAUUAAUAACAAGAGGAUAACAAGAAAAGCUCAAUAUGAAAAGUACGAUACUCUUGCUGCUCAGUGCAGUAGCUCUGAGUAAAUCCUUCAAAUUGAACACUGCCGGGUGCCCUGUGGAUCCAGCAAUCAACGUUCUAUUCGCCCAUGAAAAUUGUAAUCAAUAUUAUCAUUGCAAACACGGAGAACUGCUUGUUCGUAAUUGCCCUGUCGGCCUUGUAUUUAAUGAUGAACUAGAUUUAUGUGAUUGGCCGGAUAAUGUGAAUUGCGAUCGCACUGUAGUACCUCCAAAACCACCCAGUGGUGGAGGCAGUGACGUUAGUAGUGAAGCUGAAAAUGACGGUGACAGUACGAAUAAUAAUCCUGGCGAAGCAUCCAUUAUUUGUGCAGCAGAAGAUUCUGAUGGAAUAUUAAUUGCUCACGAAAACUGCAAUCAGUUUUAUAAAUGCUCAAACGGCUUACCAGUAACAAUAUCUUGUCCCUUAGACUUGCUCUAUAAUCCCGAAAAGGAAAACUGCGAUUGGCCAGAAAACGUGAAUUGUGACCGCACAGUUGUUACUCCCGAACCUCCAAACAGUAGUGAAAACAAUAGCAGUGAUGACAGUAAUAACAGCAGUAAUAACGGUAGUGAUAGCAAUGAGAGUAAUAACAACAGUGGUGAUAGCAAUGAGAGCAAUAACAGCAGUGGUAACAGUAAUGAAAGUGGUUCAGACAGUGGUAAUAAUAAUCCCGGUGAAGCAGCUACCAUUUGCGCAGCUGAAGGUUCAGAUGGAAUAUUAGUCCCUCAUGAGAACUGUAACCAGUUCUAUAAAUGCUCAGAUGGAUUGCCAGUAGCCUUGAGUUGCCCAGGAAAUUUAUUGUACAACGCACUCACUGAACAAUGUGAUUGGCCAGAAAAUGUGAAUUGUGGCGGCACAGUUGUCACUCCUGAAACUCCAGAUAGCAGUGAAAACAAUAGCAGUGGUGACAGUAAUAACAACAGUAACAAUGGUGAGGAUAGCAAUGAGAGUAACGGCAACGGCGGUGAUAGCAAUGAAAGCAAUGACAAUGGUAGUGACAGCAAUGAAAGUGGUUCAGACAGUGGUAAUAAUAAUCCCGGUGAAGCAGCUACCAUUUGCGCAGCUGAAGGUUCAGAUGGAAUAUUAGUCCCUCAUGAGAACUGUAACCAGUUCUAUAAAUGCUCAGAUGGAUUGCCAGUAGCUUUGAGUUGCCCAGGAAAUUUAUUGUACAACGCACUCACUGAACAAUGUGAUUGGCCAGAAAAUGUGAAUUGUGGCGGCACAGUUGUCACUCCCGAAACUCCAGACAGCAGUGAAAACAAUAGCAGUGAUGAUAGUAAUAGCAGCAGUGAGAACGGUGGGGAUAGCAAUGAGAGUAACGGCAACGGCGGUGAUAGCAAUGAAAGCAAUGACAAUGGUAGUGACAGCAACGAAAGUGGUUCAGACGGUGGCAAUAAUAAUCCCGGUGAAGCAGCUACCAUUUGUGCAGCUGAAGGUUCAGAUGGAAUAUUAGUCCCUCAUGAGAACUGUAACCAGUUCUAUAAAUGCUCAGAUGGCUUACCAGUAGCCUUGAGUUGUCCAGGAAAUUUAUUGUACAACGCACUCACUGAACAAUGUGAUUGGCCAGAAAAUGUGAAUUGUGGCGGCACAAUUGUCACUCCCGAAACUCCAGACAGCAGUGAAAACAAUAGCAGUGGUGACAGUAACAAUAGCGGCAACAACGGCGGUGAUAGCAACGAAAGCAAUAACAACGGUGGUGACAGCAACGAGAGCAAUAACAACAGUGGUGACAGCAACGAAAGUGGUUCAGACGGUGGUAAUAAUAAUCCAGGUGAAGCAGCUACCAUUUGUGCAGCUGAAGGUUCAGAUGGAAUAUUAGUCUCUCACGAGAACUGCAACCAGUUCUAUAUAUGUUCAGAUGGCUUGCCAGUAGCCUUGAGUUGCCCAGGAAGUUUACUGUACAACCCACUCACUAAACAAUGUGAUUGGCCAGAAAAUGUAAAUUGUGACGGCACAGUCGUCACUCCCGGAACUCCAGAUAGCAGUGAAAACAAUAGCAGUGGUGACAGUAAUAACAGCAGUAACAACGGUGGGGAUAGCAAUGAGAGUAAUGGCAACGGCAGUGAUAGCAAUGAAAGCAAUGACAAUGGUGAUGACAGCAACGAAAGUGGUUCUGACGCUGGCAAUAAUAAUCCCGGUGAAGCAGCUACCAUUUGCGCAGCUGAAGGUUCAGAUGGAAUAUUAGUCUCUCACGAGAACUGCAACCAGUUCUAUAUAUGUUCAGACGGCUUGCCAGUAACUCUGAGAUGCCCAGGAAAUUUAUUGUACAACGCACUCACUGAACAAUGUGAUUGGCCAGAAAAUGUGAAUUGUAAGAACACAGCUGUUACUCCAGAAACUCCAGAUAGUAGUGAAAGCAAUAGCAGUGACGACAGUAAUGAAAGUAAUGACAAUGGUGACGAUGGUGGUGAUAGCAAUGAGAGCAAUGACAACGGUGGUAGCAGCAAUGACAGUGGUUCAGGUGAGGGCAAUAAUAGCAAUCCCGGUGAAGCGGCUACGAUUUGUGCAGCUGAAGGAUCGGACGGUAUAUUGGUCGCUCACGAGAACUGCAACCAGUUUUAUAAAUGCUCAGAGGGCUUGCCAGUAGCUCUGAGUUGCCCAGGAAAUUUAUUGUACAACGCACUGACUGAGCAAUGUGAUUGGCCAAGCAAUGUGGUUUGUAGUAACUAAAAAUAAACUAUACUAUUGUACAUAAAUUAAAUUUGUAAAUUAUAUAAAUUUACAUAAUGAUCAGUCUUCAGACUGUUAAACAAACGUUUUUUACCUUUAAUAUUUAUUAAUUUUUUUUUUUUUACUUAUAUUUCAAUUUUGUGUUUCUAAUGUAUUCGUUUAAAAAAUUAUGUGAUAAAUUUUAAUAAAAGUUAUUUUAGCAUAA